CUCCUACCUCCUCCUCCUCUUCUUUAACCUACCAUUUUCUUCUACUUCGUCAGAUCCUCCUCUUCCCUUUCCUCCUCCCUCCCUUUCUCUUCACCACCACCACCACCACCACCACCACCUGCAGAAGACCAGAUCCAAGAAGCGAGACGGAGGGAAGGAACGUGGGAAAGGAGGGAGAAGAAAUUGAGAAAAUACUAGUGGUGGUGGUGGUGGUGGUAGUGCUCCUCCUCUUCAUCCUCCUCCUCCUCCUCCUCAACACGCCAUCUGGACGCGGUAAAGCAGUUUCCCCGCCGACGCCUUAGUAAUAACAGUAGAGAGGUGUUACUGUGACCACCAACACACGCACACACACCUACACCCCACGCGGUACCCCUGAAGACCUCUACGUGGCGGACUGACUGACUGGCAUCUCCAUCUAUCUAUCUACCUGUCUCCCUCUCACCAAUGCUAGAGGCUGGAUUACCUGUAUUCACCGCCACUGUUGUUUCACACGAGAGGGAAAGAGAAGUGAUGUGCUGGUUUGGCUACACAACACCUCCGUUACUUUCCUUCUCGUUCGUUUCAAGGAAGAGUGGCUGAGUGGCUUACUGCUUGGCUGGUUGACUGACUGACUAGCUGGCUGGCUGGUUGGUUGGUUACGUCUUCACCGCUUCCUACUACUGCUAUCACUGCUACCGUUACUAUUUCUACUCCUAGCUGUGGAAAGGAAGAAAGGACUGUCUGGCUGAGUAGCUAACUGAUUCCUGCUACUUUUACUACAGCUGCUACUAUUUGUUUUGUCCAAGGAAGAGUGACUACAACUACCACCAAAAAGGAAAGAAAACAAUAGUUGGCUGACUUCUACUACUACAACUAUUACUACAACGACAAUUACAACGACUAUUACUACUACUACUACUACGAAGCAAAACGGGAGAGAAAAACUGAGACAACAAGGAAAUAAAAGCACAAAGCAACACACUAAAGAACACCUUGCUAAUGAAAUAACGAGAACAGUGAUGAAACCAGACUUCGCCAUGACCCAGCAGCAGCAAGCGUGAGAAAGCAGAAAGAACCAUGUGUUGUCUCUGUGCUUUCCUCUCGUGCUCUUUCGCUUCAACUGAGGAAAGAGUAAGUCUUAGAAAACCUGUUCCAAAGAUACGCAUAUUUGUUCAUGGAGAGGACGCAAACAACACUGAACCGUGUUUUGAACUGAAUAUAUCGUGAUUAAUAAAAGAUAUGUUAAUUUGACGAAUAACGUUAUGAAGAAAAUAGAGUAGAAAGAAAAAUUGACAAGAAAAGAUACCAGGUGAAGAUGAAAUAAACUAGACUGAAAGGAAGAGAAGAUAAAGAACAUUAAUCUGACACGUUGAUAUAAACAUUGAGAAGAAAAAAUAAAAAAAAGGAAAGCAAAAUAAAUAAUCAGGCAAAGUUAAGACAUGAACAAAAACUAUAACAGGAGGAAGGAAGGAAGAUCAAAUGAAUUAAUCUGACAAGGCGAAUGUUACAAGAAGGAAGAUAAAAGACUAUAAUUUGACAAGGUGAUGAAGGAGAGACGUGAAAGGAAUGCAGUUUGACGAGAUAAAGGAGAAGAAAAUCAAUAAGAAAAAAAAAAAAUCUGUGAAUAUAUAAGUAUACUGAGAGUGCGUGCGUGUUUGAAUGUACGAGAGGAGAAAGAGAGAUAGAGAGAAAGAGAGAGACAGAGAGGAACUAUUACACACGGACACGCACGCACUUCAAAAAUACAUAAAGAAAAUACAAAAACACGAAAGUGGAUACUAUUACACAUGUUUGCAAUAUUAUGUGUCAAUUUACGGUGUUAAAAUAGCAAGAUACGCCAAGAAAAUAAAAAAAAGACUAAUUUUUUUCGAGAUAUGAAGUUUGAGUUUGUGGUAAAAAAAAAUACAAAUCUGACGUACUAAGAUGUUAAAGAAGAGAUAAAUAAAUAAAUGAAUAAAUAAACGUGUCUAUGUGAGAACGAAAUAAUAGGUACAUAAAACAAAUAACUCAUCAAAUGCCAGAACGAACACGAAAUAGCGAAUGAAACAAAAGUGACGAAGAUCAAACGAGCACACAACGAAACAAAACAAAAAUAUAGACUAAACAUCCCCCCUCCAAAAAAAAAAAAAAAAAAAAAAAGAAUCAAGGUCAAUGACGAACAGAACAUAAAAAAAAAGAAAAAAAAGAAAAUAGAAGAAAAAAAAAGUCAGUUCUGGUGGAGUGAGGGAGAGAAUGAAAGUAGUGGAAUUACGAAGCUUCUGUAGUGGAGAGAGUGAAAAACGGUGACAAUGACGAGAGAACAAUAAGUACUGAGUAAGAAUGAGAGUGAAAGUGAGUCAUGAAAAUAAAAAAAAAAUAAAAAACUGUACUUUCGAGCGUUGUGUUAGUAAAAAUAGAGUAAGUACUUUGAAUUGAUAAAGAAUGCAUGGAAGUGAAGACAGUGAUAUCAUAAUGUGCUGAAGUAAAAGUGAAAUGAUGUGAAAAUCUGUAUAAUGUGCUUGAGUGAUAAUUAAAGUACUAAACAGUGAAAAUAAGUAAAUUGAAUGAAGAUGAGAAUAAUAAUAAUAUAUGAGUGACUAUAGAGAGAGAAGGAAAACACAGUGAAUAUAUGUAUAAUGUCCUAAAAUUGACGAAGAAAAACUAAACCAGUGAUACAGAAUAUAGAGAAGAGUGGAAAAAGUAAGUGAAACAGUGAUAUAAAGAUAAUGAAGCGUAAAAUGUGCUAGAAUAAGAGUGAAAACAACGACACACUGACACUACAAAGAGAGAAAUUGCACACUAACUAUUAAAAAGAAAGCCAAUUACAUUUACACCUACAAUAAAAAUAAGAGAUUGUGAGAAGCAGCGCCAAGUUGAGCAAAUAAAGUAAUAAGAGAAAUAAAAAAAAAAAAAAAUACAUUAAGAAACAAGGAAAAAGUGCGUUAAACAAUAAAUACGGAGAGAGAGAGAGAGAGAGAGAGAGAGAGAGAGAGAGAGAGAGAGAGAGAGAGAGAGAGAGAGAGAGAGAGUUAAAAGACAAAUGGAGGUAAUAAUAAAGAAAGGUGAAAAGGACAUGGAGGAAAGAACAACAAAGAUGAUUAUGGAAGGAGAGAAAGACAAGUUCCCUCCAAGAAUUCCUCCGAGCAAGAUCUCUACCUCCUCUUCCUCCUCCUCUCACCACCACCACCACGUGCGCUGCCUUCGACCACCACCACCACCACCACCAAGACUAUUACCAGGAAUCCUGAUUAUAUUCUGUGUUUUACUAAGCGUGGUGAGCCUCGGCGACGUGGCGCGAGGGCAGCACCUGGGCCGCGUCCCGCCAGCCGUCAUCGUCAUCAGCAACCCCGGAGAGCGGGGCCUUAUCCCCGCCCAGCCCUUCUGGCCGCCCCAAGCCCAUGCCGCCGCCGCCACCACCACUACUGCAUCCAUCCCCAUUUCAACUCCAUCACAACACGCGAGGGCACACCUCAAUGAGGUGGAGACUGGGGUGGUGGUGCAGGACCACGGCUACCGCAAAGCCCCGCCGGGCGCCAGUACACCUCUGCCUCGUCUGGUUCUCGCCGCCCUCUUCAGACUGGCGGCUGAAGACCAGGCGCUCACUGCCCAGCCAGCGAGUGCCACACACGAGCCGACCCCGGUGACCCCCACCGUAGACACCACCAAUCCGGCACCCACACCCCUGAGUGAAGAACAUACGCCUUUCUUUCUCCCCAGCCAGCCAGACCCACACCUGUCCACGCAACUUCCAACAUUCCCAGGUACACAGUUCCCCAGGCAGCCCCACACACCUGCAAGACUCCAGCCUGAGUCCAUCCUGCAAAGCCUGCCGCCUAGCCAGUCACACUCAGGAGUGGAGCACGUGCGGCCAGCCUCACUAGUGAAGAGUGGCGUCACCAACCCGACACAGCCGCUCCGAGUGCACCAGCGGCAAGGCCACCACGCAAAUGGGGCAGCACUCACUGACCGCCCCAGACAUCACCAGGGGGCGCAGUCCCCACUGAGGCAGCUAGCCACAGCCCCGCCCGCCCCAUUCCCGGGAGUCAAACCCGGGCACUCACGAGGGUCUGCCAAUGCCGCACACCUGCUGGGUGUCACUCAGCCGCCAGCCAAGCCUCUUGGCAGACCCCUCCCCACGGAUAGACCGGUCCCUAGACCACGCCCACUGCAGCCACCCACACGCCCCCCGCUGGAAACAAAACCAGCACAACCCUCGAUACAACCGCCGCAGAGCAAAGGUGUUAGCACGACCAGUGACCAAAGCAAAAGUGAGGAAGACUAUUAUUACUACUAUUACGGCGAUGAGGACUACUACUACUACGACGACUACGGUAACUCAGCUGGCAGGGACAGCAGCGAACGAGGUACGUCACCUGCACGACCCGUGAGGAACCUCCCGCUCUCUCCACUACUACUACCACACGGCCCACAACCAAGGGCCCCAUCACGCUUCCUCCGUCCUUCUUCGGGCCGCCCUAUGGACCCCGCCGCCGCCCCGGACGUCCUAAACCUAAAGGGCAGGACGCCUCUAGGCUGCUGCCUCACACACGCCACGCCGCCUCCCGGCACUUCAUUUCCGAGCAGUCCUCGGAGGAGACAUUGUCAGACAGUGAGCCCUUCACCCACACCCCCGAGCAACACUCCCCGCUAGAUGGCGACGACGCAGGCGCCCUUCGCCCUCACCCCGCACCCACCCAACAUUUCAACUUAAACCCGGGCGUCAACCUGGGAACACUGGUGGGCAACGGCCGCUACACCACACUGCGGGCGCCGCCUCAGGAGGUGCUGGACAACCCACACCUGCUCCUCGCCCUCGCCGGAGCCUCAGACACGCGGCGCGGCGGACCCGUUUACUUUCCCGCGGAGUUAGGCGGCCUCCACGACUAUACCCGAACACCGCGGCGCGCGUCCCCAGCCCUGCAGCACCCCAGCGAUUCCAAGCACCAGGCGGUCACCACGCAGCACCACACCCGCCCACCCUAUCCCCCCGCCUUCGUCUGGCCGCCCCACACCCCUCAACCACCACAGACACACCAAUAUAGAGACAUCAUGGGUAAUGAUGACGCCCUGGCGCCCCUCACCAACACAACGCACGAGACAGGAGACAGUGUGCAGGAGGAAGCAAGUACAGAGAGAAAAGAUGAAGAGGAACAAAUGGAGCAGGAUGAAGAAAAGGAGCUAGAUCAGAAACAUGAACUCAAACACGAGAAUGGAGAGAAUGGUAAUAAAGGGAAGAGAAAUCUGAGAAAUAUGAAUGGUAUGAUGAUGAUGAUGAUGAUGAUGAUAAUGGUGAAAAGGAGGAGGAGGAGGAGGAGGAGGAGGAGGAGGAGGAGGAGGAGGAGGAGGAGGAGGAGGAGGAGGAGGAGGAGGAGGAGGAGAACGAAGAUGACAAAUAUGAGGAAUACGAAUGGCAUGAGAAAAAUGAAGAUAAUAAUGAUAAAAUAAACAAGGAGGGCGAUGAAAGGGAGGAGGAAGGGAGCCACAAAGAGGGAGAGUGGCGAGGAGAGAGGGAGAAGAGGGAAAAGCUGUGGAUGAGAGAAGAUGAACCUGCACUGGUGAUAAUAGAAGCUGUACCUGUUACCAAAAUAGAAGAGGAAAACAAAGGGGAGGAAAAUGAAGCCAAAUAUACAGACUCACACGUUACCAAUAUAAACAAAGAAAAUGGGGAAGAAAAUGCAGCUUUACUUAUAACACAAGAGGAGGAAAAGAAAACGGAAGACACAACAGUUGACAAGCUAAUCUUCUUCUCACGCCUUCCUCUCAUUGGACUGACAGGGUAUAAAGCAAUAAAUCCAGAUCACCACACACUUUCACCAUCACCAUUAUCACCACCAUCACCAUAAAAACACCACUCCAAGACGUGUAUCUCCUCAUCUUACCUAAUUUACCUUUCAAACCUCACAAACCUGCUAAUGUUCAGUGAAUUUACAAUAGUUGUGUACUUCGAUGGUGGAAACAGAAAACGAAGCUGUGAUUGAUCCCCCCCAAAGAAAACUGGAGUGUUAAAUUGGUGGACUGCACUAUUAUUAAUUUUUGUUUUAUUAGGAUCACUAUAUACGGUACGUUGAAAUUACCAUGGAGCAAAAAUAAUAUAAUAGAAGUGAAUCAAAUAACAUUAAAUUUUCCAAGAGUAAACGAAAGAACGAACAUAAAAAUAAAAAAAAAAAAGAUGAAGGUUGAAAUAUGAUAAAAAAGAAGCAAAACUGAGAAAAACUGUACUUGUGUUGAGGGAAGAUGACAAACACAAGUCCUAUAGAAACGGAAAACAGUGACUAACCCUCAUUUAAAAGAAAACGUAAACAUUUAGGAGGGGAAACUAUGACAAAUCCAUCGCAAUUUAAUGAACUCUAGUAAUGUAAGAAAUAUAUACAUACGAAUUUGUGGUGUAAAUACAUCGUUUUUUAACAUUAAGAUAUAUACGUUUGUAAAAAAUAAAACAUUAUACGAUUCAUAUAAAAAAUGCAGUUAAA